AUGGCAGACAGACUUGCUCAAAUCUAUGGAACAGAAAAAGAUAAGGUUAACUGUUCUUUUUACAACAAAAUCGGUGCAUGUCGACAUGGCGACAAGUGUGCGCGACAUCAUAUCAAGCCAUCCUACUCGCAAACUAUCAUCUGUCGCAACAUGUAUCAGAACCCCGAAAAUGAGCCAAACAACCAUUUGACGCCAGAGGAGAUGAAACAGCACUUUCUGGCUUUCUAUGAAGACUUAUUUUGUGAGUGUGCACUCUUUGGAAAAGUCGAAGAAAUGGUAGUCUGUGAAAAUAACAAUGACCAUUUAGCAGGAAACGUGUACGUGCGCUUCAAAUAUGAAGAGGAUGCAGCUAAAGCCUGUGAAAAGUUCAAUAACCGAUGGUAUGACAAGCGACCAAUAUACUGUGAACUUUCACCAGUCACAGACUUUAGUGAAGCCUGUUGUCGCCAACACGAAACAAAAGAUUGCAAACGCGGAGGAUUUUGUAAUUUUAUUCAUGCUAAACGUCCUCCGCGUGAGUUUUUGCGCGAACUCCAACUUGAGCAGCUCCGCAGCUUGAAAGACAAAGGUAAAACUGAUGAUCUCAACGAUAGUGACUCUGAAUCCGAUUCAGAGUUUCGUUCGCGCCGACGACGAUGA